GGAGAUGUAAUUGAAAAUAAGUUAUUUUGUUAACUUGGAAGAUAAAAGACAAAUGCUGCCUUAAUGACAUCUUAAAAUGUAUCGAGAAAUGAAAAUUACGCCCAAAGACCAUACACUGAAAAUUUAUCUGAAUUGUAAAUUUCAUUCGGUUUUAACAAACAAACACGACAAAUCCUCAUCAAAUCCUCCCAUAAAAAUUCCUUCCUACCAACUCCACACAACCUCCCUCGUUUUAAUUCUCUCACAACUUUUCUUAAUUUCCAGCGUCCACUGCAGUGGGGUGUACUCGCUGGAUGCCAGCGUGCUCUGCAACAAGGUACCUGGCCUGGUACCGGAGCAACGAAGAUUGUGCAGGGCCUACCCAGAAGCCAUGGCUGUUGUCGGCGAAGGAGCUGAAUUGGGAAUCGAAGAAUGCAGGCAACAGUUCAGUAGCAGAAGAUGGAAUUGCUCCAGCUCUGAAAACGAACCACCCUUGAUGUUCAUGACCAACAUUGCCAGCAAAGAGUCAGCGUUCGUGUCAGCGGCGAGAUCGGCUGGCAUCGCGUACGCCAUCACGAGAGCCUGCAGUAGGAGCGACCUCGCCGGAUGCGCUUGCGACAAGUCCGUCUCUAAGAGUGACUGGGAGUGGAACGGAUGUAGUGCGAACGUCAACUACGGGAUUAAAUUUUGCGAAAACUUCUUAGACGCCCGCGAAAAAUAUUCAGACAACUCACAAUCGCUGAUGAACCUGCACAAUAACCGUGCUGGUCGCAAGGUGUUGAGAUCGAGCAUGAAGAGAAACUGCAAGUGCUCCGGUGUUUCAGGUUCGUGCUCAGUCAAAACGUGUUGGACAUCCCUGCCUCUCAUGAAAACGAUUGGCUCAAAGCUGAUGAAGACGUACGAGAGAGCUCGCCAGGUGGAGGCGAUAAGAGGACAACGGAGUCUCAGCGCAGUCAUGUUGAAACUCAAACGUUCAGCAUCGAAAACUGAAAAGAAGCCAUCGUACAGAGAAUUGGUGUACCUGGCCGAAUCACCGGAUUAUUGUAAAAAAAAUCGAACCAUUGGCGUGCUCGGUACAAAAGGCAGACAAUGUGAUCGAAAUGGAGACGGUUUAGAGAACUGUCGACACGUCUGUUGUGGCAGAGGCUACAAUAACCAAGUGGUCACCAAACGCAAGAAAUGUGACUGUGUGUUCCAUUGGUGCUGCCAUGUGACAUGCAAGGAAUGCAUGGAGCUUACAGAAGAGAGUAGCUGCAGAUGAUUGCCUUGAUUAGCACAGCAUCAGCUUUAUAACUUAACGAUGAGAUGUUCCUAUUAUUAUUGAACACUUUCAUUAAAUUAUUUUUUCAUUUGAAAAUCUAACAGUUUUUUUGUUUUUAUAGCGGUUUAGUUAAUAUUUUUUAAACUUACAACUUUUUGUAAAUAUUUUUAUAAGAUUGGAACGAAUCUUUCAAUCUUCACAUUCCUCAACUUUUAUAUUAUUGAAUAUUAAUAAUUUUAUUUUUAUGAUUUCA